UGGUGGUGGAGGAGGUGGAGGUUUGGUGGUGGUUCAGGCGCCAGUGUCCUCAAGCCAGUGGUGGAGAGAGGAGCAGCGUCACAGCCUCCCUCUCGCUCUCCUAUCACGCCUCGCUCAGUGUUCCUCCCGCCCGUCAGUCAAUCGGUGAGGCGGGAGGAGAUACAAAUGACAAACGAAACUUUUCUCUGGGAUAAAAUACUGAAAGAGGACUUUUCAGUGAGUAACGAAGCGGAAAAAGGGGUGCAUUUGAAAGUAACAGUGACAAGCAGAGGUGCGUGACGAGUAAGACAAUUUUGAGAACUUAUAAUCUGCACAGGAAUGUGAAGAAAGGACAAACAGCAGCAGACAUAUUACCCCUCACUAUAAUUUUUUUAAUAACAAAAGAGAACAGUGCAUCUGAACGUAACAGUGACAAGCAAAAGCAAAUCAGAAGUAAGAAAAAGGUUCAGAACUCAUGAUUUGUAACAAUAAGGAAGGCCAAACAGCAGCAGACCUAUUAGCCCCUAAGACGAUGUUUGAAAUACCAGUAACUAAACAGUGCAUUUUAGCACAUGAAUACUCACAGUGAAAAUCGAAACAUAAUUUAAUGCAGCAGUGAUUUGAUCAUGAAGUGCAGUUAAAAGAAAUGGUAAGAGAUAUCUAAGAAGAGUCGAAUGUUGUAGUGAUCUGAUAACAGUGAGAUUAAUCAGUGAAAACAGUGGCAGUGAAAAAACAAGCAGUGAAAUUUGACAGUGACUAAAAGUGAAACCGUAUACGUAAGGCAACGCUUUAGUGAACAGUGAAUGGUAAAUAGAAAAACUCAUCAGAAAACAGUGAAAAAAAAAGUGACAAGAUACAGUGAUUCUUGAAGUGAAUUUUACAUACAAGACGAUAUAAGCAAAUAGUGAACAGUGAUACACGUACAACAGUGAUACAGAACAGUGAAAUUUAUACGUGGAAAAACAGUGUUAAGAGUGUUUUGUAUAUUGAAGGUUGUGGUGCUGACGACGCUCAGUUCUUCCCUCACCACCACCACCACCACCACCACCACCACCACCACUACUUCUGAGGGUGGAAAGAAGAGUAAACAUAUUUAUUUGAGUUAAGAUAAAAAGACCCACUGUGACCUGAGAGAGAGAGAGAGAGAGAGAGAGAGAGAGAGAGAGAGAGAGAGAGAGAGAGAGAGAGAGAGAGAGAGAGAGAGAGAGAGAGAGAGAGAGAGAGAGAGAGAGAGUAAACACGGAAGUAAAAUAUCACAGUAGAAAAGAAAAAAAAACGUAAAGUAAACACAACCACAAAAGAAAUAAGAAGAAAAAGAAAGACGCGCAAACAUUUACAGAAGAAACGUGGAAACCAGAGGUAAACAAAGACACCUGAUUAAUAGAAACUCACAGGUAGGAAGAGAAAAAAAAAAGAGAAAGUGAAAGGAAGUAAAAAACAGAUCAAAAAUUCAUGAAAAGGUGACAAAAGUGAUACACUGCAUGACACCUGAAAAACACUGCAUGCAUUAAUUAAAGCGUUCAAAGCAGGUGAGAAUGUCAGAAAGAAGUUAAUAAUCACAAAACAGGAUGGGGGUCAGCAGAGGCGCGGCGCCCCCUCACCACCACCACUACCACCACAAGGAAGAGGAUGAGGUGUGGAUGACCCUCUGACCUGGAGGCAUGAAUGGCAGUGACCCGCCCCGCGUCCUCACCCUGCCCCCGACCCCUCUCGCCUCACGCCCCUCCUUCGAAUUAAAGAACCCCUGCCGCUUCCCGAACGCGACAUUGUUAUCGUCUCUCUGCGGUGGCGGCAGUAACAGCAUCAGUGACGUUAUCGAGAAAGGGACAGAUUUACAAAACACCACGUCCUCAGCAGUGGCACCAUACGCGCCCAGUACCUUGUCUACCUUAUCCUCGUCGCCACUCAGCCCCGCAGCCCCUUCGUCGCCAGCCUACCCACUUUACGAGGACUAUUACGAAUAUGAGCACUAUAAUUUCACGGACGAGCAGUGGGGAGUGGUUCGGCAGCUCAACCUCUACUACGUGCCCCUCCUGAUCGUGGUGGGCUUCGUCGGGAACCUUCUCUCCUGCGUGGUGUUCCUAAAUACGAGGCUACGCAUGAGGUCGUCUAGCUAUUACCUGGCGGCUCUGGCGGUGGCUGACGUGACCUACCUGUUCAUUCUGUUCCUCGUGUGGCUGGACCUCCUCGGCUUCAACACCUUUAAUGUCAACGUGAUGUGUCAGCUGGAAAUCUACCUGGGAUCCGUGUCCAGCUCCCUCAGUGUGUGGCUGACGGUGGCCUUCACAGUGGAGAGGUUCAUCGCGGUGCAGUACCCCCUCCAGCGCCCCACUGUCUGCACCGUGCACCGCGCCAAGACGGUCAUCCUCACCCUGACAGGCUUCAGUGUCACCGUCCACCUCUAUGUCUUCGUUACCGCCGGCGUUAUAGUCCACCACGAUGAGGGUGGCGUGCCCAUAACGGAGUGUAACCUGCGCAUGGACUAUCGCGGCCUCAUGAACGUCAUCAACUGGGUGGACACGCUGCUGACCCUCGUGGUGCCUUUCAUCAUGAUAGUCGUCAUGAACACCCUCAUCGCACGCCAGCUCAUCAGGUUUUCCAAGAGGUACCGAAACAGGGAUGACGUCUUCCACCUGCAGGAGGUCAACGGAGGUCAAGCCAAUGGUCACAAAUCCGGAGGCACCAGCAGCCACAGCCAUAGCGGGCGGGGGGGCGCCGGACCCUGCCACAGCGCCUCCUCGGGAACAGGGCGGGGGGAGGACCCAGACAGCCGCCCCCCUCCUCCUCCUCCUCCACCACUAAAAACAACAACAACCUAAAGAUGGCAACCCACUUCGCCUCCUCCGCAGCUACAGUGCUCUCCUACACCAGUAAGAACCCUCGCAGCAUCCUGUCCACGCGCACCCAGUACUCCAUCACCAAGAUGCUGCUGCUCAUCUCUACAGUGUUCAUCAUCCUAAACCUGCCCAGCCACGUGAUCCGCGUCCACGCCUUCCUCAGCAGUCUCUUGGGGCAGCGAGCAGGCGGCGGACGAGGUGCUGAUGUGGAACCUGCAGCAACUCUUCAUGCAGCUGCAGUACACGCACUUCAGCAUCAACUUCGUCUUUUACUCCACCUGCGGCGCCACCUUCAGAAAGUGUCUCUUCCAGCUGCUGCCCACGAAGGUCCCGCACGUGUUGUCGCCGUAGCCCGAACUCCCAACGGUACCAGUAGGAGAGACGCAGCAGGACGCCCUUUGUGGUGUGUGGGCUAAUUUCCCUCUCCAGGUUAACCGGUUAGUGCCUGGACGUGUACUGGACCGGGUGGCCAGUUCCCCGCUCAGCUGUGAACGCAGGGAGGCGCCUCACCUCUCCGCCACCCAUGGCAAGGGUGUGAAAAGUGUCCCUGAAGUGCAGGGUAGCAGAGGGCGCGGCAUAAACCCCCUAACAAUACCCCCUCGUGUCCUUGGAAGUAUUGGUGUUGGCGCGGCCCUUCAUCAUCGCCGCCGCCGCCGCCGCCACCACCACCACCUGCUUCAAUAAACGUGACUGAUAGCAACACUUCACUUGACGUCUGCCUGACCUGAGCCUCGCGUCACCUUCAUGCUUCCACCGGUGAUUUCCUCUCGGACCUCACCACUUUAAGGCCUCACGGAACACUCCACCGCCGCUCCAUCCCUCCGUCUUCACCCACUAAACCGUGGAGGAGAAAAAGGCGGAGGCGAUGAGAGGUUAACCCGCUUCGAGAGGCUCCCGUAGUGGGUUUUGGACUCAUACGGGCAGGUAGAGACGGGAACACAAAACACUUAACCCACUUGACACUCCUGAAAGUGUCCUCCACCUGCGCCGCCUGGACGAGAGGACGUGAAGGGCGCGAUAUUGCAAAGGUCACCUGCCGUAGGGAAGAGGGGUUGGGGGCAAGAUGAGAGGCAGGCAGCGAGGAAAGAAGACGAGGGGAUGAAGAACCGAGAGCAGGUGGAGGAGGAGGAUGAAGUGGAGUUACUGAAGGCUCGGUGGACGCUUUAUGAUGGCUUUGUCUCUGCCAAUACCUGGGAACAUCUGAGCACCUGUUAAUUAGUCAGUGGGAGAUUCGUGAAGUAGUCAGGUGCUUAACCAUGUAAAGCACCUAAGGUUUUAAAAAGGGAGAAUAGUGCUUCACUUCACCUGGAGUUAAUGAGCCACAGGUAAAAUGGUGAUAAACAAAAAGCGCACAAAUGAGGAAAGCGAAAAUAAAUCAUGGGUAGUGAACGAAAAAGAUUAAAAAAUGUAGUUCCUAAUUAUGAGUUUUUUUUUUCUUAUGCUACCGUCGAGAGAAAUUUAGUAGUGGUGACGCAAUAUUGGUUUAUUUAACGGGAAAUUUAAAUAUCUGCCGCAUUUUUCCUCCACAGUAUAAAGCUUAAAAAGUUUAAUAAUCUCUGUUCUUUUCUUCCACGAAUUUUUAAAUGCUUAUAAAGUUGACAAAUAUAAAGUUGGUAAAUUGGUAAAUAUACAAACAUUUUAAUGGUCUUAAAGCUACGUUACUACUAUCAGAGGUAUAUAUGAAAAAAACAGGCAUGGAUAUACAUAAAAUUAACUAUAAAAUUCCAAAAAAACACCCGUCCAAAAAUAAAUAUAUAUAUAUA